AGAGCAAUGGGUGAAUGCGGGAUUUAUUUUCUGGUGCGGGAUAACAGCCACAGACAAUGAAACGUGUUUCACUGUCGCUACAGCAUCUGUAGCAGAGUGAAUUAGCUCUGCAAGCUGCCACUGCCCGCUAUUUCUGUGUAGUACAGGUAUUAAACUUCAUGUUACUUCCUACAAUAUCGCCUACUCUCUACGCAGACAUUCGUCUGUUACGUGAUCAACGUCUCCACGCGAGGCUCCCGCCAAAGAACCCAAAUUAUAAAGUAAACUGUCAACUAUUCAACACCUACUUGUCUGCCGUUUGAAGCGAAGAUGGCAGAAUGAACUGUGAAGCAAGAUUAUGGUUAGCAUACGAAUCAUUUUAAAAACCCUUCCAGUGCUAAAUCUUUACUGACACAGUUCAAACCUUGAAGGUCAGGAACGAAGUAUUUGCAAGACUUCAAAGGAAAGCCGUUGACGAUCUUUCGAGUGAUGCCGAAACGAAAGCGUGGAUUGUUGAAGCAACCUUGCAAUUCGAGCCGAGUCUCCUCGUCCACCGCUGUCGCGAAGCCAAGAGAUGAGGAAGAGGGCGUGUCCAUAUGGGUGCAAUGCGAGAACGAAAGCUGCCAAAAAUGGCGCCAAAUCUCCACCGAGGAGGCCAAGGGUCUGGAGGACAGCGCGUGGUACUGCUGGCUCAAUCGUGACCCUCGCUAUAACACGUGUUCUGCUGUGGAACAGAAAGCUAAGAAACCCAAACACAUGAAGUUCAUAUACAGUCUUCUUCCCCUAGGGGAUGUGGUCAUGGCAAAAUUGUCAGGAUAUCCGCCUUGGCCAGGUUUACUCACCCGUGAUCCUACUUGCGGCGAGUACUACGACGCACCGCUGGUCAAAGAGAAUGAAAUCACGCAUUACCACGUGGAGUUCUUCGGGCAGCCCCGUUCUCGUGCGUGGCUAGUGCCAGCCCGCGUGCAUCCGCUACGUUCCAUGAACGAGGCUGAAAAAGCGCCCCAGUUCCGGAAGAUUCAGGGGCGGCAACUGAUCGAACUCAAGAAAUCUUACGAAUUCGCGCUUAAAGAAGCGCAGAGUUCGUUAAACAAGACUUCGGAGCAGAGGCUGGAAACGUGCCACUUCAAAUAUGUCGACGAGGAAGAGAAACCGGUAGAUUCCGCAGUUUGGAGCGAGCGAGUUCCAGUUGAAAGUGUACAAGAACCUGCGAGAAUUCCUGCACGCCGCAAUACAGACACGCCCUUGAAUUCACCAACCAUUCCAGUUAUGACGAGUAAAAACCGUGUGUAUGACACAGGAAACGUGUCACAGCUUGACAACAAGGAAAACGAUUUCCUAGAGUAUUUACAAUCUUUUUCGCUGGAGAGAGGCGUCACUGUACCCAAAGAACCAGUGUGGCGAGGGAAACGAAUCAACAUCUUCAGAUUCUACAACUUAGUACAACAACAUGGCGGAUUUGAAAAUGUCUGUCAGUGCAAACUCUGGAACAAAGUGUAUAACGAGUUGCUAGAGUCCAAUGUAAUAUAUGGAGGAGUGAGUACAGUUGCCCGCGUCUUCUAUCAAAAAUAUCUGAUGCCGUUUGAGCAUUAUCUCAGAAGUCAAAAGAAAAUUGACAUUCAUAUUCUUCCGGAUGAUAUUCCAAGGCGACCCGGCCGGCCGGUAGGCAAGAAACGGAAGAGUACUUCGAGCUCGUCAACCACUGAUGAAGGUGAACAGACGGUGCCAGAAACAGUCAGCGAAAUUCACCAAGAAAACGUAGAUGUAACGAACGACAUGGACAGAUCCACAGAUAUCCACGACGUGUUCCAGACAUGCACACUACAGAACAGAGAGGGGGAUCAAGUGCCGAGCUCGAACCCAGACUCUCCUCACCAGUCAUUCGAUGGCUGUUCCUUUGAUAGUGACGAUGACGACAGCGCGAGUUCCACUUGUGACGUGGCAGAGCAAGAACUUCAACAACUGGAGAGACUGCUGCUGUCAUUAGAACCCUCACUCUACCCCCAGACAGAGAGUGACGGACUUGCAAAAAACAGAGCACAAGAAGUGAAGUCGUUUCCUCGCACAGAACAUGUACAUAUAAACGCUGCGCAUGAAGAAGUUGAUGUUUUAAAAACUUUGGAUGAAAUAGCACGAAUAGAAGGAGCGAUAGCUGACCUGAAUGCGAUUGUUUCAUUAGACCUGGAACAGCUGUGAAUUUGUAAUAUACUUAUCUCAGACUUGUUCAAUACUCCGUAUUUUGUCAAAAUAUUUAACGCAUUUGAUGCGUUUUGCGAAGGAUGUUCCAAAAUGACUUUUCUCGUUGUCUUCGAAUAGUUUUUAGAGUUCACAUUAACCCUUGUAAAACCAUUUAGCGGUAAAAUGUAGUAAGACAAAAUAAUCUGCGUCAAGAGGGCAUGAAGAGUGAGAGUUAAUUCCCUAUAUAGGCCUUUAGUUCCAAGGUAAAUCCUCGCAAGUUACUUUUAGAUCACUCCCGGUUUCGAAAAUUCCAGAGGGUUUAGAAUUAGCCAAUCACGUGGCGGGGAUUUUGAUCACGUGGACAGCCCAAGCGGCUUCACACGCAUUUUCCUCCUCCGCGAAAAUCCACGUAACGCACGUGGUAAUAUUAUCCCCGGGAAGACUGGGUACCAUGUCUAAAAAUAACCUGAGAGGGAAGGCCUACAUGGGGGAUUAACUCUCUCACCCUUCAUUGUCUGUUUUUGAUGUUACUCAGAGAUAUUUGAGUUAGAUUUUGAGGCAAUGUGACGACACAGAAUGAUACGUGUGAUUUGUGCCAGUUCCCUAACAGUAUCUCGAAAAAUAAGAGUAAGAGAUCUUUCGGUUCACCGUCUCUCAUAAGACCUCCUAUUCCAAACAACUUUAAUAACCUCCCGCCCCCUACGCUCUAUUAAGACGCGAUCUUUACAAUUCGAUGACAAUUUAUCGACCGGAGAACAAUUAUCCUGUGGUGAUCAUUUGUUAUGGAGUUAUCCUCCAAUUUUCUUUACAAAUAUUAUUAAACAGAACAAACACAGAACAGUG